AUGCGAGGUCUCGUGUUGCUGUGUCUGUCCCAGUCCACUGUGGCAGCCUGUGGGAUCCAGGCCACCGUGUCCCCCUCGCGAUCAACACAGGAGUUUGCCACUGUGGCCCAGUUCCCGUGGGUGGUGGCACUGCAGGACCCGCAGCAUGACCACCUGGCCUUCGGCUCCAUCCUGAGUGAGCACUGGCUCCUUAGCGUUGCGUCCAGGCUGCAGAGCAGGCAGCAGGUGUUGGCCGUGGUUGGGCUAAGUGACAUGAAGAGGCGAUGGGAGGACCAGCCCCAGUAUUGGAUCAGCUCCAUCAUCCCCCACGAGGACUUCGACAAGAUCACGCUCUACAAUAACAUAGCUCUGCUCAGGACAGCCACCCCGCUGGAGUUCAACGACACCGUUCAGCCCAUCUGCUUCCCCCAGAGAAGCCUUUCUAAGUCAGACCUCGUGAACUGCUGGGUCUCGGGCUGGCUCCAUCCCAUGGCAGCCAGGGGGAAGUGCUGCGGUGGCUUUCUGAGGAUGAUCUCUGUGGUGGAUGUGGAUCCCUGCCCACUGAAAAGGAUCACUACAACCGAGUGCUGCAGCCACAGGGACUCCGAUAAUGUGACAGGCUGCUUGGGUGACCCAGGCAACCCUGUCAUGUGUCAGAUUAAGGGUACUGAGAAAUGGGUCCUGAAAGGAGUGCUCAGUGAGGGCGGCAUGAGAUGCUAUGGACCAUUCUUGUACACGAUAGUGUCCUACUACAGCGACUGGAUCUUGGCCACCACAGAAAGGGCAGGAGCUCCUGUGUUCCCCACACUAGUCAGAGCGAGAGCUGUUCUGCAGGCUCCCCCUGAAGAGUGGGAAGAAGCUUUCAAACUAGCAGUGAGAGUAUUUCAGGAAGAUGGUUCCAACCUCAAGCAGGAAAAGACACGCCUGAACUCAUCUGAGGAUGGGCCAGCUGGCAGCAUGUUACAUCUACCCACUUGA